UGCUGUAGCCAUGAUGGCCCCCAAGCAGCCGCCGCUGCUCUCAGUUGUGGAGAAACGAAGCAGCGGCGCUUCCCUGCCCCGGCCAGAGAGCGUGAAGCCGAAGCAGAGGCACCGGUAAAGAAGAGGGGCGGAGGGGGGAGGGAAAGAAGAAGCCUCCUCAUGCCACCCCGGUCUCCUCCAUGCCUUCGCCCAAAGCCUCGUUCAGCCAUUUGACAAAGAGGGGUGCGAACCCGGGCGGCGGCGGCGGCAGAGACAGAAACAUGAGCAAGGAUUACUCCGUUAAUCUGUCCGUGCAGCAAGUGCUGAGCCUAUGGGUGCAGGGCACCGUCCCAACGCUGCAGCACUUCACAGAGAUGUGGUACUGGGUGUUCCUGUGGUGUCUGUUCUCCUCUCUCUUUGUGCAUGGAGCCGUGGGGCUGCUGAUGUGUGUGAUGCUGCAGAGGCACAAGCGCGGCCGCCUCAUCACGCUGGUGCUGAUCAGCGCCGGCUUCGUCGCCUCGCUCACUGGAGGGGUCAUCACCAGUGCGGCGGUGGCGGGGGUGUACCGAGUGGCAGGAAAAGACAUGGCUCCUCUGGAAGCUCUGGUGUUUGGGGUGGGCCAGACCACUCUUACCAUCAUCAUCUCCUUCUCCCGCAUCCUGGCCACUCUCUGAAUGGACAUGUUUAGUGACUGGGGUACCCAACAGCCAGCCAGCUGGCAGAAGAGGUGGACCGAGACACAUGAAGUGGAGCCUAUGAGAUGUGUGGAUGUGGCUAAGAUGCUGGAGGUGAGGGUUUAGCGGCUUUAGGCUUGGUGGAGAGGAUAGUGCAGGCCACGUCACAUGCUGAGAGAGGUGUCUUGUGCUCCACCGGGAUGGAGAAAUGGACCUCCAUGCAGGCCUGCGAACGGGCAGCUCUCAGAGGAUUGAAGCCUCUCUGGAUCAAAAGCAGCACAGCGGUGGGUCGCUGGUCAAUUACAGAAACUCAAUCAAUGUGCCAACUGCCUUGACGACUUGCAGGGAACCGUUAGCGGAAAGCUGAAGUUAUUGUCUUCGGAAGUUCGUCCAUAUUCGUUUGUUUCUCCAUUGCACUUCGAGGAGGUAUUUUCUGUCAAAACUGUAUUGGAUGGUCUUGUUCAACUUCAGCCACUGUUGAGCCAGAGCUGUAGAGCCAGAGCCAGAGCUAGCACUUGAGGACUACUGAGAGGUUACAAACGCGAAUUACACUUACCACAUGUAACGAACUGGACAUCCUUAACCAUUCCUGUUUGUGUGAUGAUUACAUUUUACAGCAGUAUAGCAGUGUGGAUACGCGCUAAUUACAGCAUAUUUAUCUUCUUAAGAACGAAUGGCUUAUGCUUUGCACUUUCUAAAUGUUGGUAACUCUACCGGACCUAAAAGAUGUGUAAUCUGUGGAUGAUGUUGGGGUACUGCUGUGAUACUGUACAAAAUCUGUCACUCUUUACCCUAAGGACUCACUCACAAUUAAUCCAGAUUAAGCCUGAACCUGCGCUUAAUGAAAUAUUUAAAAAAAAAGAUUCAUCAUAGAAAUGUAUUGAAAUAUAUAGUAAUUGACUUUCCUAAGAAGUGAAAGACAGUUGAUCAAAUGCCUUUGUUUUCUGCAGCAGUUGAUCAUUCAGACAACUUUCUGUUCCUGUGUCACGAUGUCCCUAGUGAACAACAACAGUACGAUUUACAAUCAGAAACGCAAAUAAUUUCUACUUUGAAACAACUUGAAAUUGAUAUUUUGGUCAAAAAUGGUAGCAUUGCUAGCAAGGAAUGGAAGCUAACAGGGCAGGGAAGCCAACAGUUAGCAUAACUGUGCUAACUGCUGGCUUUUUUUGCCUUGCUAGUUUGCAUUUAUUGUCAACCAUGUUAGCAUUUUUGGCUAAGUUGUUCCCUUAAGUAAAGAGAUCAGCGUACACCUUGUUUAGGACAGCUUAUUCUAGAAUUGACACAUUUCAAAGUAAUGGCUAAUUAACUAUAGCAAAUAAGGGAACAGUGGAAGGUGUAUAUUUUUGACAUGCUAGGUAGGUUUAAAGCCUGAAUCAGGGAUUUCUGUGCUGGCUAAGGCUUAGCUGUAACUGACUUUAUGGUAGGUGGGAGUAUUUUGAAAUCUCCUGUUGUAAUUGUACCAAAAAAUAGUGUGCCAUUUACAGCAAUUCCUGAUUGUAGCUUUAUAGAAAUCAUUAGCCAUUCUAAUUCCCAGAAAUGGUUAGCUAUCUAGCUACAUCCUAAACCAUUCUAUCCAGUUCUUACUAAAUCACCAGCAUUGUAUUGCUUGCUUGGAGUUUAGGCUCAUUAUUUGCUCAAGUGAAUGUGGUGAUAAUUCAUGUUUAUUAGUGGCCCCUGUCCGAAAAGUAGCGUUGUUACAUUUGUAUGAUAUGUGGUGUUGAGUCAUGUCACUAUAGGUUUUGAAUAUCCCUAUAGUCCAUAUGAAUUCCAAGAGGCUAGAUUGCAUAUGCAGACUCUCUUUCCUUUUUACCUCAGGCCUUAAAGGCAUGACUGCAGCCUUUGUUUCAUGUGGAACCCAGUGUGAAUUUGGUCUGUCUCCUUGCAGAAGGGUGCACUGCUGCUUAAGAGGUCCUUGUAGACUAUCGUGCGCCUUUUCUCCACUCAGUGAAGUGAUUCCAUUCCCCUUACCUGAACGUUGUGACUUUCGAAUUCUUUUGCGGCGGCACCCUGCUUCUGGAAAUGUCAGUAAAAAAAAUGGCCGCCUGUCUCCUUGCCAGUACAGUUUAGAUGUACGACCUUGUAAAUUGCACUGCUGAUUUUGCCUUCCCUGUGUUCGGCAUUUACUGUGUCCCCGAGUGUUUGGAACUGUCCAAAAAUAGCAUAGUCCUAAAGGAUCAGGAAGGAUUGUUAUGUUGUUGUUUCUAUGUUUUUUUUUGUUUUUAUAAUCUUUUCUUAAAGGGGAUUUAAAGGGAAGGCAGUAUCAUGCACUGGUACUGCUGUGUUGGUUUGAAUGGAAGGACAGACUUGAAUGUGACAAUGUGCAAUGACAACAUUAACCUUUUUACAUUUAACCACGGCUGUUCAUCGCACAUCCAGUAAGAAACCACUGACCCAAAGAGGAAUUUCUCAAUAAUUCAAUGGUUGAGAUGUAAACAAAAUUAUUCAGAAUAUUCUGACUAUUCAUUGAUGUGAAAUACUUCAUUCUGGAGAAACUUACUGACUCAGAUAUCUUACAGUGGUGGUGAUGGGAACCAGGAGUUGCAAUGUCUGUAACACAGAUAUAGUCAUUUUGUUUACUAUCCAAAAUUACCAGCGAGUGAUAGUAAAGUAGUAGUGGCAAAUCUGAAAUCUGCCUAUUUUGCCUUACAACACUCUGUAUGCACCCUUCCACCAUAAACAGCUUUUUAGGCCAGAGCCUUAUCACAAAAGCUAUCAAUGUCUCAGACGUCAGGCAGCGUAUUCAUAACUGUUUUGUGUACUAAUUUUCUGUGAGGGAGCUUUUAGAGGCAUUAAAUGCUUCAGAAAUCUGGUUCCUAUCACCACCACUGUGAAUGAUUCUGAUUCUGAAAGUUUCUCUAGAACAGAACAUUUCACAUCAAACUACUCUUAAUGACUUUUUUUUACAUCUUAACCAUUUAAUUUUGCUGACAUUUUGAGUAAUUUCCAGUAAUAACUGUGUUAACUGUAAGCUGCUAUAUAAACCAUUCUAUUGAAGUUCCUAAGCAUUUUCCAAUAUGACUAUGACAGAUGAAUUAUAUUGAAUUAUAUUGAAUUACAGUACUGUGCAUUUUUUCAUUUUCAAUCAAAACUGCCAUUAAGUAAAAGUUAUUUUUCAGCAUCAGAAAAGCAGUAAAACAAAUAUUUAACAGAAAAUUACACAAAAGCCUCCAACUCUAAGUAUACUAUCAAGAUUUUGAGUAUUUAAUUUGUCUCCUCUUUACUUUUCUUCACCAUACUGCCACUUUAACUGCAUCCUUUCAGUCUUAAAACCGACCAGUUACAGCUUCAUUCUCCCAACAAAAGCCGUUCCCAAAAGUCACAUUAUGUUUCCCUCAAAGAGACACAAACAUUCACACAAGCUGCUACCCAAACACACCUUAUCUGCCUUGCUAAUCUCUUUCUCAUGCGCAUCUAAAAUGGCUAAAGGAGCUAUUUCUAAGGAGAUUAGAUAUAUGAUAACCCACUUGCACAAGGAAGAGUAAAGUCAAAGGGAAAUAAGUGAGGAAAAAAGGAAUUUUGGAAAAUUAUUAAUGAUACAGCGAAAAUAGGACCCCUAACAACUAUGCAAGACCUGGUAGACCACCAAAACUGUCACCAUCAGAUAAACAGUACUUAAAACUUUCAUCUUUGAGAGA